GGGCGGAUCUCCAGGCCGUCUUUGGGGAGGGCCUCGGGCCCAGGUCUGCCCGUUGAGCUGGUCGCCCCUGGGAGGUUGCGCAAACCUUGCCAGACAGACAGCUAAGCUAGGUGCAGACAUGGCAACACGCUACCAACGUGCCCGGGGCACGGUGGCGGAUUGCUGGGGGCUCUCGGGGACCUUGCCGACCAAGAAGGCUGCGGACGUGGUCAAGAUGGCCGCCUUCUUCAACGUGGACCUCGCGGGCGUCAGGCAGCGAUCCCGCCCCGCGUACGCCCCGAGGCCCAUCUGCCAGCAGUGGCUGGACCAUUGCGUGCGGCGCAACACGGCGGGGCUGCAGGAGCUGCGGAGUGAGGAGGAGAUCGUGCUGGUGCGCCAGCACCCGGCGGAGCGCGCCCUGUACCUCCAGCUGGCGCACGCCGCCUCGGACCUGGACCUGGCGGGCGAGGAGGACGCCGCCGCGCUCCUCUCCCUGCGACGCCGCGGCCAGGAGGGGCUGGUGAAGCUGUGCUCCCACUUCCAGCUCAGCGGAGGCCAGCUCCAGCGCUCGGCCCUCGACGAGUGCGACGCCGUGCUGCAGCGCCGCACGCGCGAGCUGGCCUCCUCCCGGCAGGCCGUGCGGAGGGCGCUCGAGGAGGCCUGGGCGUUGGUCCUGCAGGUCGACCCCCUGCGGCACCUGGCCGACGGCCUGAACGAGGCGCGCCAGAGGUGGGCCGAGCUCCGCGCUGCCUUCCCCCAGCGCUCGCCCUCCGGCGCCUCCGCGGGGGGCGAGGACCCCUCGGAGGAGGCCCGGAGGCACUUCCACUGCUGCCUGGCCGACGUGGAGGCGAUGCCCGCGGGCUCGGUGGCCAUGCCCGAGCCCCUCCGCCAGCUGCUGCGCAGGUC